UUCGGAGGGAUCGUGUGUGAGCGCACACACACUCAUACACCCAGACUGAGUGCGAGUGAAUCACACAGACAACCAGGCAGAGAGAAGUGCCUUCUUUCACUGACCCCUGUUUGGCUCCCGCCUCUGCCGCCUCUGCCUCCGUGCCUGUCCAUGUCUGCUGGAGUUGCCAGCCACGCCAGGAGCCCGAGGACUGCCAGGACUGCCAAGUCUGUCCACUGAGACAGUCUCUACACAACUGACACAUCCAGCCAGACCUCCCUCCGUCCAUGCUACUCUGCUCUCCUCUGUGGAAGUCAACCACUUCCCCCUUUUCUGCAGACAGCCUGAUACUGAAGACAGACAACUUUUAUCGGCUCCUGUGAGCGGAAGGAGAUUGUCUCUUUGCUGUCCCCUCCAUCACAGCCUUCUCCUCCUCAUCCUCCUCCUUCUGUUCCUCUUUCUUCUCCUUCCUCCUCUCAUCCAGCCCUGCAUCUUUUCAUCAUGGGCCAACUCGAUCGAUAAUGUGUUUUGCCAUUCGUCUCAUCUGACAGUUCAGCCGAGGAGCGAGGCGAUAGAGAGAACUGCUGUGUGUGUGUGUGUGUGUGUUUGAGGGAGAGGACGAGAGAGUGAGAUUAUAAAGCAAACCUCUGUGGCCAUCACCAGCCCAGGCCCUGGGUGACAGGCGGUGAAGGAUUCCUAUUAUAGCCACAAACUGACUUUUGGGAUGGGCUGCAGGUGGUAGGCGAGUCCCAGGCCUCACAGAGCCUCAGAAUCAGACCCAGGGGACAAAACCUCUUAAAACUGGCUAUUUCCCAUGUUAUUUACCUAUUCUUUCUCAUCAUUUGUCCUUGUAUCGUUAGAAACAUACAGCCGCACCCAUAACUGCAUUUGCUGGAUAUCUAUUCCCCUUUAUCGUCCCCUCCUGCCUGGUUCAAAAUGGCGGUGAACGUGACAUCGAUCCGGGACACAAAAUGGCUGACGUUGGAGGUUUGUCGGGAAUUCCAGAGAGGAACAUGUUCACGACCGGACAGCGAGUGCAAAUUCGCCCACCCUGCCAAGAGCUGUCAAGUGGAAAACGGCAGAGUCAUUGCCUGUUUUGACUCACUCAAGGGCCGCUGUUCCAGGGAGAACUGUAAGUACCUGCAUCCUCCUCCCCACCUAAAGACCCAGCUAGAGAUCAAUGGGAGGAACAACCUCAUCCAGCAGAAAAACAUGGCCAUGUUGGCCCAGCAGAUGCAGCUUGCCAACGCUAUGAUGCCCGGGACACAGCUACAGCCAGUGCCCAUGUUUUCAGUCACACCCAGCCUUGCAACCAAUGUUAAUGCUGCUGCAGCAGCAGCCGCUGCGUUUAACCCCUACCUUGGUCCUGUGUCGCCCGGCCUGAUGCCCGCUGACAUGUUGCCCAGUGCCCCUGUACUGGUCACCAGCAACCCCAAUGUCCCCGUACCAGCUGCUGCUGCCGCUGCUGCACAGAAACUCAUGAGGACCGACAGACUGGAGGUAUGUCGGGAAUACCAGCGGGGUAACUGCACACGUGGGGAGAACGACUGCCGCUUUGCCCACCCUGCAGAUAGCACUAUGAUUGACACCAACGACAACACAGUUACUGUGUGUAUGGACUACAUUAAGGGCCGCUGCUCGAGGGAGAAGUGCAAGUACUUUCACCCUCCCGCUCACCUGCAGGCCAAGAUCAAAGCCGCCCAACACCAAGUCAACCAGGCUGCGGCUGCUGCAGCCAUGACUCAGUCGGCUGUCAAAUCACUGAAGCGACCUCUCGACGCAACUUUUGACCUGGGGCUCCCUCCCGUCUUGCCUCCUUUACCAAAGAGACCUGCACUUGAAAAAGCCAACGGUGCCACCACUAUGUUCAAUGCUGGUGUAUUCCAGUACCAACAGGCCCUGGCCAACAUGCAGUUUCAGCAGCAGGCGGCCUUCAUACCAUCAGGCUCGAUAUUGUGCAUGACACCUGCAACAAGUGUUGUACCCAUGAUGCACGGUGCUACGCCAGCCACUGUGUCUGCAGCCACCACAUCUGCCACAAGUGUUCCCUUUGCAACUGCAACAGCAAAUCAGAUUCCAAUAAUAUCUGCAGACCAUCUGACUAGUCACAAGUAUGUGACCCAGAUGUAGGAGUCUCAAUCAGAACAAAGGAACUCGAGCGCGCUGGUGUCAAGUCCAAGAUUAGAGGUCACCCUUCAUGCCUGUAACAUCAAGAGCAAAAACGGAGAACCAAAAUCUCAAUUGGUUUGGAAUAAAUCUGCAUGUUAACAUAGGAGGCACAGUUUGUUAGGAUUGUUUUCAUGUGUACUUCAUGCACACUAUUACACAACAACAGAAAAGAACAUCAUUUGCAUUAAAAAGACUGCCUUUCGCUCUCCAGAGGCAAUUUACCUUUAUUCACCGGACACACUUUGAAUGUUAACAUGAGGUAAAUGUGUGGAGCAGUCAUCAAAAAAAUCGACUGGAUCGGUACGUCCAUUGACCAAGAAUCAUGACUUGUGUUUGUUUAUUGGUUGUUGGUCUUUAACCUAAAUGUGUUCAUUUGUUUACACAGAGGUGCACCUUGUAUAUUGGUUGUGGUCAAAGAAAUGGAAAAUCUGACUGAAUCACAUAUGCAUGAACAAUGAUUUUUGUUUCUGAUUUUAUUUUGUCCAACCAGUGAAAAGGGAAAUUACAUGAGUGCACUCAGCGGCAAAAUAGCAACUGAAUGUCUGUGAGGUGUCUUUCAAACCUUUGUAGCCUACCUUUCUAUCUCUUAAGCACAUGUCUUUAAUCUUGCAGGCAUCAAUGUAAAGUGCCAUUCAUCUCAAAAAUCAUGAAUGGCAUUUAAGCAGUGUUACAAAGCGUUAAACUCAACGCUUCCCUUUAAUACGUCUAUUUUCUCUCUUGGACAGCAUGAAGUGUCCAAUGUCGUGACCUGUCAUUACAUGUGAUCCUCAUUAGCACCACCGCCGAUUAGAUUCUCCAGAUUGUCCGCUUUACUUGUUUUUAUUGUUUCUUUUUUUAGACUUUGUUGUUGUCAGUUGUUUAGACAGGAAACGACUAGAUCUGUGCUAACACGGGUCUGUCCAUGAUCAUCGAGUCUAUUGACUCCAAUAGUCAAGUGGGUUGUAUGUGGGGUCUUGGCCAGCGUGAGAGACCAAAGACUCUCCUAAUUAUGAAGAUGUUGUGAUGAAUAGCUUUGAAACAACAGGGUGAUCAGUUGGUAUCCUAACUGCUGUGAGACAGAAGUCCAUAUCUGGUGAUGGAUAUGUGAUUUGUAUGAUGUGAUUUGUUUUUCAUUUAUAUGCUUUUGCAUAUUUUAAGGCAGAUUGUCAAAUUAGAUUCAGUGUAGUGUGUAUAUAUAGUCUGACAUAUUUAAGAAUAUUUGUUUAAUACGUCUACCUGAUAACUGUUUUCAGAUAGUCAGCCAAAGUCUUUUUGUGUCAUUGUUAUUAGAUAUUGUGGGUAGACUAGUGGGAAUAUUUUUUUUUUAAUGUGGGAGCAUCAUUAGUGAGCUCACAGAAAGAUUGGGUGUAAAGAGUAGAUCUCUAGAACUUUUUGUUUUUGUUGUGUUCUGGGUGUUCUUCAGGCAUAUUUAAUUGGUGGAUAGUACAGGGAAAGUGGCAAGAAUAUAAACGAUUGUAUUACUCAUCCAAAGCCUUAGAAUGUACCAUCGGGUCAGCACAAUGCAACAUGCCAUUCUGAACCAUCCAGUUGCCUAAUCCACGCCAUAUUAACACACACAGAGCACUAUGUAAUUGUCACUUUUUUGUUUGUGUUUUCUUAACUUUCUUGUAGUUUUUCUUUAGAUGAGUGUUUUCCUUCAUUUUGUUUGGAUGAUAUUUUGAUAUUUAGUUCAGAUUUUUUGUUUGACGUAUUAUAUUUAUCUUUCUUAUAAUGAAUAUAAGGUAAACGUGUGUGUUUGUGUGUUCCUCAUGCACAGUUUCCUGAAAUUCCAUGUAAUGUUAAUUUUAAUAUGAUUAUGAUUGUAAACUCAAUAUUUUCUACGUUAUGCAUAUUGUUGAACUGUAUGCAUAUUGUUCAUUUCUCUAGUCUUUUUUGUGUUCUUUGAACAAAGAUGUUUUAUAUGAGUAUCUAACAGUGAUGAAAUAAUAGAACAGAGAGGCUAAGUUGUCACUGUGGCAACCGUCGCCGAUAACCAAGUAAUAUUUUAAUGAUUGUAAGGUUUGUAACUAGUCAUAUAAGAAAAAAAAUCUAGUUCUUAGAUGUUUAGAGUAAAGAUGUUAUUUUCUACUGUAUCCAUUUCAAAUAGUAACUAUUGUUUUAAUAUUUUUACUCUCCCUGGAAAUUGGGCCAUGUUGGAAAACAAGCUGCAUAUUUGAUCACUUUUUCGGGGGCGUUGCUGGCGGGGUCAGGUGAACGCGGUGAGUAGGGAGGAGUCUGCACACUCAUCUCUUACUUAGCCAACUGCAAACAACAAGGGUGGGUGGGAAAUCCUGAGGCGAUAAAGGUGAUAAAGGUUGACUUUUUUGCACUUCUGUACAUAGUCAAAAAAGAGAGAAUCAUGUAUAUUGAGAUCUUAUUUUGAAUAAAAAAACAAUGUCUAUAAUGACAAGGAAUUUUGCUAGGAUAACAAAAAAAAUCUUAUGAAAGGCUGAACAAAAAUGCUUGCAUCAAAAGGGCACUGAGUUCUCACUCUCCGACCCCUUUCAGAAAAGGCCAAGUGUUGCUCUUCUUUUUUGUCAGCAGCUUGUAGUUUGCCAGGUAACCUUCCGGAGGAGGCAUCCACUAGCCUCCAGCGUAAGGGCCUGACUGGGUUUGUCUGGUCCCCUAACCUGCCUGUACUGACAGGUCUGUGUGUCAUGGCCACGCCCUCCCAGGCCCAACCAAUCACAACACGUCCUGUCUCUUUACUUUACUCAGAGAAGAAUGCAUGUUAAAGGAAAUACAUAUACCGUUUAAAAAAAAUCACGACAGUAAUAUUGAAUAAGAAAACAUGUUACACAGAAAGAUGUAUUUACAGUAUACAAUAUUCUAUCAAUGUAAUGGAAUAAAAUAUAUAUAAAAAUACAAAAAUAGAAUAGUGGUUUAUUUAAAAAAAAUAUUCCUGAGAAUAUACUCACUCAAGUUUUACCACUUGGAGAGUUAAAACACAUGCAACACAAACACCAUAGCUAUAAGUAUGUUCUUUAUGUUUAUGUAAGCUGUGCUUCUAGUAGAUGAAACUGACCAAACAGGAAUGUAGUUUAACAUCAGGCAGAAUGAAAUAAUAAUUUCAGAUUGAAAUACAGUUUUGUGGUUUGGUCAAUAAGUCAUUAGUUUGAAAUUUUGUCCUGAUCAUCUUUGUCAUCCCUCAUCUCCUACAAGCACGCAUGCUUACGUUUGAUAUAAUGUAAACUGAACUUUUUUUUCAUUUGUUGUUUGUUUUCUCUGCUUGUAGUGCUAAUAUGAUGUAUUCUGUCUUCUGCUGCAGUUUGUUUCUGCUUGUUUUACUGCUCCAGGCCCCCUGAAAGGAUGUGUCCUGUCUGCAUGCCGGCCACCUCCCCUGAAAAGCACCUAUAGAGAAAACCUCUUGAUUGUCACAGUUUAAAGCCAUAAAAUAUAAUCUCAUCAGAAUGAAAUGUGUGAGAAAAACCAGAAAUGAAACAGAGGUGGGAAAUUGUACCUUCUGAGGCUGGUAGAAAUGUAUUGUCGUGGUUUCAAUUAACUACAACAUCAUGUAAUAAUACAAGUCAUGAAUGUAGCUAAUAUAACCUGUGAUGUGUUGUGCCAACUUUGAUGGAUGUGUCUGGUAAAGAGAAAAAAGUUCUUGACAAAUCUUUUCACGGGGCCUGCAUUGCUAUAUUUGAUUCUUGCUGUUAUGAAAAAAAAAAUGUAAUAAAAAUGUACAAACAAACUGAAGUAAA